AAUCUGUCCAAUUUUAGGAUGAUCAAACCAAAUAAAUUGGAAAGUGUGAAAAAGUGAAACACAAAACACAAAAAAAGUGACUUACGAACCUGCACGGUUGCAGAUCUUCUUCAAACUGAGAGACAAAACAGACAGUGAGAAAGAGAGAGAGAGAGAGAGAUGGGAAACUUGGCGUGUUGUGGGAGUGAGUUCUGGUUGUAUGUGUUGGUGAUAGUAGGACUGGUGGCCUUUGCUGGGCUCAUGGCUGGUCUCACCCUGGGUCUCAUGUCUUUGGGCCUCGUCGACCUUGAGGUUCUCAUCAAGUCUGGUCGUCCUCAGGAUCGUUUACACGCCGCUAAGAUAUUUCCAGUGGUAAAGAAUCAGCAUCUUUUACUAUGUACACUAUUGAUUGGAAACGCAUUAGCAAUGGAGGCUCUUCCCAUAUUCUUGGACAAGCUUGUGCCUCCAUGGGCAGCAAUUCUGAUAUCAGUGACUCUCAUCCUUGCGUUUGGUGAGAUAAUUCCACAAGCAGUCUGUACUCGCUAUGGCUUGACAGUUGGAGCAACAAUGGCCCCACUCGUCCGUGUUCUUCUUUGGCUGUUCUUGCCUAUUUCUUAUCCAAUUAGUAAGAUGUUGGAUUGGAUGUUGGGUAAGGGACAUGCUGUUCUGCUACGGAGAGCAGAGCUGAAAACUUUUGUGAAUUUUCAUGGCAAUGAGGCUGGGAAAGGCGGGGAUUUAACGCAUGAUGAGACUACAAUUAUCACUGGGGCACUUGAAUUGACUGAAAAGACUGCAAGAGAUGCCAUGACUCCCAUAACAAAUGCAUUUUCCCUUGAUCUGGAUGCAAAUCUUAAUUUGGAGACUUUGAAUGACAUAAUGACAAGGGGUCAUAGUAGAGUUCCAGUUUAUGCUGGAAAACCAACAAACAUAAUUGGACUUGUCCUGGUUAAAAAUCUCUUGACAGUUGAUCCAAAAGUUACAGUUUCCUUGAGAAAAAUGAUAAUCCGGAAAAUUCCUCGGGUAUCAGAAGACAUGCCUCUGUAUGACAUUCUAAAUGAAUUUCAGAAGGGUCACAGCCACAUUGCUGUUGUAUAUAAGGAUCUAAAUGAGAAAAAAGAUACAUCAAAGAAAGGUAAAGAGAGGGAACAACUUGAGUUUAAGGAUAGCUGUAGAAAGCACAGAGGCAGUUCUAAGGCGUCACCAGAUCAAGAAAAUCUUGAUGUUAGUCCCACUUCUGCUACCCAAGAUUUGGGGGCAGAAUCAAAAGCUACUGCCUAUAAAAAGCGACAUAGAGGUUGUUCAUAUUGCAUUCUGGACAUUGAAAAUCUUCCAAUUCCAGAGUUCCCGUCCAAUGAAGAGGUCGUUGGUGUAAUUACCAUGGAGGAUGUCAUUGAAGAACUUCUUCAGGAGGAAAUAUUGGAUGAAACCGAUGAAUAUGUCAACAUCCAUAACAGGAUAAAGGUCAACAUGCAUGCAUCUCAGGAAAAAGCUCCUGAGUUGAAUUCGCCACAGCCCUCCCCCACCAGCACUCCAAUCCCAGACUCCCCGCCAACCACAACGAACCAAGUUUCUUAAGUGGACUCACUGAGGAUUGGUUCGUAAUAGGAACGUAGAUUUACUUAGAAAACAGAAGUUGGGAAUUUGUCACUUGGCAGGAACAGUGGCUUACCCAACUUGAAUUUUUUAGUUAGACUGUCUGGAAUUAUGUAGAAAGAGAUGCUCGUCAGUUAGAUGUUCUGUUUAAGUUGAUGGUGGCUUUUUGUAUUUAAAAUCAAACUGAAUUACUGAAGAUAUAAGCUAAAUUUAUCAAACUGUAAAUCAGUUCCAUUUAA